AUGUUAAGAGUCUCAGCAAAGAGCAUACCCAAACCAUUGGGAUCCGUUAGAUCCAUCUACAAUGCUGCUUUGACAUCAGAUAUCAACAUCACACCAGCCGGGAAGGUUAACUUGACUGUUGGUGCUGGUGGUAGAUCAUCUCGUACAGGAUACACUGCCACCGUUUUUGGUGCUUCGGGAUUCUUGGGUCGUUAUUUGACCUCUAGAUUGGCUAGACAUGGAACUAUUACUGUUGUUCCCUUCAGAGAUGAGAUGAAAAAGAGAUUUUUGAAGGUUCAAGGUGAUUUAGGUGUUGUGAACUUUGUUGAAUUUGAUGCUCGUAAUUUGAAGUCAAUUGAAGAUUCUGUUGCUCAUAGUGAUAUUGUUUUUAAUUGUAUUGGUACUGAUUAUAGUACCAAGAACUUCUCAAUGGCUGAUGUUAACAUUGCUUUGACUGAAAGAAUAACUCAAGCCGUCAAGGAUGCUGGUGUGCCUCGUUUAGUUCAUGUUUCAUCCUAUAAUGCUGAUCCUAAGAGUGAUUCCAUUUUCUAUGCCACCAAGGGUAUUGGUGAACAAGUUGUAAGGGGCAUUCUUCCAUCUGCCACUAUUGUUAGACCUGCACCCAUGUAUGGUAGAGAAGAUAACUUGUUGAACUAUUUGGGACCUAAGUUGAAGAUGUGGACCCCUAAUAAAAACGCUAAACAAAUUUAUCCUCUUCAUGUUAUAGAUGCUGCUAGAGCAUUGGAAGUUAUUGGUUAUAACGAUGCAACUAUUGGACAAACAUUUGAAUUAUAUGGUCCUGAAAUGAAGACAUUCUCUGAAAUUAGACAAAUGAUUCACGGUAUCACUCAAGACUUCACUCAAGCUGGUCCUAUUACAUACAACCAUGGUGAAUACUACUUACCAUUACCAUUACUUCAAUUAGUUGCUCAAAUGAAACAGUACAUCUACUGGAAGACUACCAAUCCUGAUCAAAUCCAAAGACACCUUAUUGAUCAAAAGAUUGACCCCAACGCAAAGACAUUCAAGGAUUUGGGAAUCGAAGAUCUCGAUCAAUUGGGUGAUGUUUUAUUCACUUACGUCAAGCACUGGAGACAUCCAUUGAUUGCCCAACAAGGUCAAAACAACUCCAAGGAAGAUGCCAGAUUGAGAGAAAUCCAACAUUUCACUUAA